AUGGAUGGAAAUUAUAAAAAUGAGGAUGAGGAGAAGGGGGAUUUAGAAAAUUAUGGUGCAAAUAAUUUUAUAUUAAAUAAAAUGAAUAGUUUGGAUAGUAAAACUAGAACAGUUAAUAAUGAAAUGAGAAAUAUGGAUGAAGAGAAAUUGUAUUAUCAUAGUUCAAAUUUUUCGAAUAUAAUGUAUAAUAAUUAUAGAAAUAUAAACAAUGAUUUAAUAAAAAGAUCUGAUAAAUUUAAUAAGUUAGUUGAUUCCAAUUAUAAUAGUAUAUUUCAUAAUAGAAGUGCUGACAAUCAUAGUGUUAAUCAAAAUUAUCAUGAGCAUAUUAAUACGAGUAAUAUAAAUAAUAAUAUGAAUAUAUAUAAUAAUGGAUAUAUAUAUAAUAAAAAGAGUGAUGUGAAAAAUGAUGGUAUGUUUAAUAAUAUUCUGGUACGUAAUUAUUAUGAUGGAUUAUAUCCUUUCCUGAAUAAUUAUAAACAAGAAGAAUGUAGUAUGAAUUAUUCAAAUGUACAAGAAUAUUCUGAACAAUAUAAAAUGAAUAAUAAUAUUAAUAUUGAUUCUUCUUCUCUUUGUGAAAAUAAUACUUCUUUUCAAUGUUCUAAUAUUAAUAUUCAUAAAAAUAAAAACUCAAAUACUACCUUUCCAAAUUCAGAGAAAAAUAAAACUAAUCAAAAUCAUAGUAUUAAUAUUAUGAACAAUCUAUUUCAUAUGAAACCGCAUUGUAAUUUAAAAGAUAAAGUUGAUAUACAUAAUGAAAAUUAUAAUAAUGAAGAGAAUAAUUCUAGUAAUUCUACUAUUCCAACUAGCGAAAAUUCAUCUAAUUUUUUUAAUACUGAACAUGUUAAUAAUAAUGAGAUGAAUAUUAAUGAUGGUAAUGUUGUUCUUGGAAAUGUGAGUAAUGAUCGUGCGAGCGAUGGAGUAAAAAAAAGAAAGAAUAAAGAAAAUAAAAAGGAUAAUACAAAUAAUAACAGAGAAUGUAAUGAUAAGGAUACGAAUAAUAUGACGAAUAAUUAUGAAAGUAAUCAGGAUAUUACUUUGGAAACAAGUAGUAAUGAGAAAGGAAACAAUAGUGCUAAGAAAAAUAAGAAAAAGAAUAAAAAGAAAAAGAAUAUAAAUAAGAAAGUUAAUAGUAAUAAUAGUAAUAAUGAGAAUAAUGAUAAUAAUAAUAAUAAUGAGAAUAAUGAUAAUAAUAAUAAUAAUGAGAAUAAUAAUAAUAAUAAUGAGAAUAAUGAGAAUAAUGAUAAUAAUAAUAAUAAUGCGAAUAAUGAAAAUAUUGAUAGUAAUAAUAAUAACCUGCUAAUUAAUGAGAAUAAGAACUGUGUUGCUAUUAUUAAUAAUAAUAAUAAUAAUAAUAUAUGGAAGGAAAAUCAAAAUAAUAUAACGAAUCAUCCAAAUUCUGUAAAUACUUCAUCCACAAAAUUUUGCAGUAAUAUAUACAAUGUUAAUAAUAUAGGACAAAGUAAUUUAAUAAGUGAAAGCUAUUGUACAAAUAACAAAUAUGUUAAUAGUACUUUCUUAAAUUAUGUUCAUAAUAAGAAUAAUAGUAAGGAUACGUUUAAUACAUAUGAAAGAAAUAAUGUUUUAAAUUCUAAGAUAGAAAACAAUAUUGAAAAGAUACUACAUAUAAAUAAUGAAUAUACAAAUAAAAAUCCUAAGAAUUGUUUGUUAUAUAAAAAUGAGGAAAUAAAUUAUAAUGAUAAUAAUAUAAAAGAUUAUAUAAAUAGCAUGGAUUUUAAAAAAAAUGAUUUUAAUAUAUCAUCAGAUAUGAACAAUACUAAUGUUAGUAAUAAUAGUAUUAAUGAAAUGGAAAAUAGUUGUUUAAUUAAUGAUAAUUACAUAAUCACAAAUAAAAUAUUAAAUACAAAUAAUAUUGUAAGAAAUGAAAACGAAGAAAAUUAUACAAAUUCUAAGUGUUAUGAUCAUUUUAAAAAUAUAAAUGUAUUACCAAAUCAUACACGUGAUCAGCAUAAAAUAUUAAUGAAAGAUGAAAAAAAUAUAUUGGACAAUCUAAAUAUAAAUAAUUCUGAGUAUGAUAUUGACUCUAACAUUAGAAUGGAUGUAAAUAUGUUUCAUAUACAGAAAACGUUAGAUUUUACUAUUCCAAAAAAUUUAAAUGAUAAUCUAAAAGCGUGCCCAACUAAUAUUUCUAAUAUGAAAAAUGAUUGGUGUAAUAGUAAUAAUAAACCCGAAGAAAUAAAUUUAAAUGAUUGCAAUUUUAAUAAUAAUUAUAAAGGUAAUAUCAGUUUAUCUCAUAUGAACGAAAAUGUUAAUGGUGAUGAUAUGAAGAAUAUUAAUAUUCCUUUAGAAAUGUAUAAUAUGAAAAAUAAUAUAAAUACGCAACAAAAUAAUAAUGAAAUAACUAAUGAAUAUAAUUAUUAUAUAAAAGAUAAUAUGAAGAGAAAUGUAAUUAAUAAAAAUACACACAUAAAAAAUAGUGGUUUGGAAAAUAUUAUGUCACAUGUAUCAUAUAAAAAUAAUGAAAAUUAUUAUCUUCAAAUGAAUAAUCAAGAUAAGAAUUUUAUUCCUUCACCUAAUAAUAAAUCAUAUAACAAUAUUGUUUCCAAUAAUAAUAAUGCUAUGGUAUAUCCUGUUGAUUUAAAUUUUUUAAAUAAUAAUAAUAAUAAUAAUACUUUGAAAAAUAAUUUAAAUCAUUUUAUUAACAUGAAUGCAUCACGUAAUCAAACGUAUAAGAAUAAUAAUGAUAAUGAAAAUAAUUAUUUAAUGAAAGGUGGUUAUAACAUUUUUCAAUGUUCUAAUGAAAAUAAUAAUGAACAGCACAUUACAGUAGAUGAUACAUGUAUGGAUAAAGAAAUUUUAUUUUCUCAUCAAAAUAUGAAAGAAAAAAAUACAAUACUUGAAGAUAAAAGUAUGAUUACAACUAACUCAAAUACAAGAGGAUUAAAGAAUUAUAUGAAUCAUUUAAAUGAUUUAACUUGUAAUAAUCUUAUGGAUAAUAAUUAUAUUGGUGAAAAUGAGAAUUUUAAUGAUAAGGGUAAUUCAAAUGUUUGUGUUUCUUCAAAUAAAGAUAUGAUAUACACAAACGAGGUUGAAAUAUCCCAGAACAUACCCUAUAAAAAAGAAAUAUAUGAUUCUAUCCAAGAGGCUGAUUAUUUUAAUGAUAAAGCAAAACAAGCUGUUCAGUUGUUAAGUUAUGGUGAUAUAUAUACAAAUGAUGCUAAUAAUAAUGAUGAAGCAACAACGACUACUACAGAUAAUGCUAGCGAAAAGAAUGUUAUAAAUCGUAAUAAUAUAUAUGAUACUAAUUUGAAUGUUGAACAUAAUAAAGUGGAAGAUAGUAGUAACACAAAAAAUAACAAUUCAAAAAAUUUUAAUAAUAAUAAUAAGAAGAAGAAGAAAAAUAAGAAUAAAAAUAAAAAUAAGGAUAAGCAUAAAAAAAAUAAUAGUCAAGAAAAUAGUGUAAAUUCAAAAAGCUCAAACAGUAAUAAUACAAUUAACGAAAACAUUGAAGAAAGUAAUAUAAGUGAUAGUAAUAAUAUAAUAACGAAAAACGAAAAAGAGCAAAACAAAAAAAAACAAAAUAAGAAUGAACAAGCUAAAUUGAACAAUAAUAAUAUUGAUAAUAAUAAAAUCAAUGUAAAAGAAGAAGAUCAUAUUACACAUGAGAUUAAUAAUAUAAACCCUCCUAGUUGUGAUAUAAAUUCUAGAAAGAAUAACGAAAAAUAUGUGAAUGUCUCAAAUGGUCUUGAGAAUUCAAAUGUAUUUGAAAAUUUCAAUGAAUUUGAUUAUAAUGAAAAGCUAAACAGAAUGGUUAAUAAUGUGGUUCAUGAGGAUUAUAACAUUAAUGAUUUUAAAGAUAAUACUGUUGAAUGUAAAAGAGAUAUGUAUACUCAAAAUUGUAAUACAGAACCAUUGAAUUUGUAUGAUAUAAAAUUUGGUAAUAAUAAUUAUGAGAAUGAAAUAUUAUGUAAUAAUAAAGGAACUUCUAAAAAUAAAAAAUUUAUAAAAUUUCCAUCGUGUAAUUUGUUUAACAAUAAAUUGAAUGAUUUUAUAAAUAAUUCAUUUGGUGAUAAUAAUAUAUUUCCUGUUAAUGAAUAUAACAAUUUUGUUAAUUAUUCAGAAGCUUUUAAUAAUAAAAAGAAUGAAAAUAAAUAUUUUGGAAAUUUUGAUAAUCUGAAUGAUUUCAAUAUUUGUUGGAAUGAUGAAUCAAGUACAGGUGUGAAUAGAAAUAUAAAUACAUUUAGGAAUGAAACAAUCGAUGAGGAGCAAGUAUUCAAACCUACAAAGAAUAAUAUGAAUAAUUUGAAUAAUAUAAAUAAUAUGAAUAAUAUAAAUAAUAUGAAUAAUAUAAAUAAUAUGAAUAAUAUGAAUAAUUUGAAUAAUAACAAUAGUAAUAAUAAUGAUGAAAGAAAUAGCACACAUCAUAAUAUUAGCAUGAAUCUUAAUAAGAAUAUGAAGAAAUCACAUAGUCUUAAUAAUGACAAAAGAGAUGAAUUUUAUAUGCAGAUGGAAAAUAGUAUGUUAGAUGAAAAUGAAGAAGAUUUAAAUUUACUUAGCUCACGGGAAAGAGAAAAUCGAAUGAAUAAUUUAAUUUUGAAUUAUAAUAAUAAGAAUAAUUUAAAUAAUGAUUAUAUUUUAGGAAGCCAAGAAUAUAUAAAUGAUUUGAAAAAUGAAUUUCCUACACAUACGAAUAGUAGAUUUAGAAUUUUUAAGAUUAACGAUGAGAAUGUUCAGUACCCAUCUGGAAAUACUGAGCCUAUACAUGGUAUCAUGAAUAGUAAUGAAAAAGGAGUAUUUAAUGUUGAUGAGGAAUAUAAUGUUUAUGAGAGUAUGGAGAAGAUUGAAUCAUAUGUUGGCAAUUUAAAAAGAUUUGAGAAAGAAAAAAGUGUUUAUGGUAUGAAUAACACGAAUAUGAAGACGAAUGGUGAUUUUAAGGCAUAUGGCUUGGAUAAUAAUAUGAAUGAUGUGAAUAAUAUGAAUGAUGUGAAUAAUAUAAAUGGUGUGAAUAAUAUAAAUGGUGUGAUUAAUAUAAAUGGUGUGAAUAAUAUAAAUGGUGUGAAUAAUAUAAAUGGUGUGAAUAAUAUAAAUGGUGUGAACAAUACAAUGAAGAAUGUUCUAGAGCAUAAUAGAAUGAAAGAACAAGAAAAUAUAUACAACAGUAACAUGAAUGGUACUGAAAAUAAUAUGGAUAUGAUGUUAAAUAAUAAUGAAGAUAUGGUAGGGUAUUCAAACAGAUUUGUUGGUGAAAAUAGUAUGAAUGAAAAAAUAACUGAAUUACAAAAUAUUAUUAAUAGCUUGAAAUUUAAAAAUAAACAAUUAGAAAAAGAAUUAAAUGAUGUAAAAAAUAUGCAUUUAAAAAAGAAGCAAUCAGUUAUAUUAAAUAGUUUAGGUAAUAAAAAUGAUGAUAUAAAUACAUAUUCUUCUUGUAAAGAUGAUAUGAACAAUUCUGAUGAUGAAGAAAGUGUUGAUAAUUCUAAUAAGUAUGUACAAAAUGUUUUAAAUGAUAAAGAAAAGUAUAAAUACGAUACAAAAAUAUCUAUACAAAAGUUUCAUUUAGCAUAUACAAAUAAUUCAAUAGGAAAAUUAAAAAUUGCAGCACAAAGAGAUAUAAGUGGUUCAUUUAUGGGUCCAAAAGGAAUACAUGUAAAAACUAUAAAAUCAUCUUUACAUAUAUCAGUUUAUAAAAGUGCUAAAGAUGUAUGGUUUCCAGGUUUUGCGGAUAGUCAUGUGUUUUUAUUAAAAGGUAAUAUAUUUGGUAUUUUAAGAGCAUGCCAAUUAUUAUAUCAUUAUGUAAAAUCUAAAAUGUCAUCAUCAAAAUGCUGUAUAUAUUUAGUUGCUCCUUUUGAAUGUGUACAAAAAUUAUUAGCUGAUGGAUGCAAAAGAAUGGCUAUUAUUAAAGAAGAAUGUGGAGCUGAUGUACGUUUAGGAAAUUUGUAUGUACAGGUUCAUGAAGGAUUCACUGAAAGAUUAAUGGAAAUAAGAGGAAAUGAAGUUAGUGUUGAUUGUGCAUUAGAGAAAUUAGUUAUUUUUAUGCAGUCCUGUUUUUCUGUGCAAUCAUAUGAUUACGAAAUAUUAAAAUAUCCUUGCCGUUCCGUUUUAAACUUGCAGUGA